AUUCUUAACUACGAAGACAUAGACAGAGACAGAGACAGAAAGACGGACGGAACAAGAAGAACAAGGAAGCAAGAAAGAAACACACACAGAAAGAGCAAGAGAGAGACAGAGACAGAGAUGGGUUUUUUCUUCUUCAUCCAAAGAUCCAUACUUUCACUAACAAUUAUUCUAUGUCCCAUUCUGUUUUUCACUGCUUCACCAUCUUUAGCGUCAUCAGAAACCAACUUAACAACCACAAAGCCUUCAGUCUAUGAUGUUAUCCAAAGUUUCAACUUUCCCAUUGGUAUUCUUCCAAAGGGUGUGCAAGGCUAUGAUCUUGAAACCUCUACAGGAAAAUUCUCUGCCUUUUUUUCUGGUAGCUGUAGUUUUUCUCUUGAAGGGUCAUAUGAGUUGAAGUACAAGCCCACUAUCAACGGGAUCAUAACAAAAGGGAAGCUUACAAGCUUGCAGGGUGUUAGUGUGAAGCUUUUUUUCUUCUGGGUUGACAUUAUUGAGGUCCGAAGGAUUGGGGAUAAUCUUGGAUUCUCAGUUGGGAUUGCAGGUGCUGAUUUCCCUAUUGAUAACUUUGAGGAGUCUCCACAAUGUGGGUGUGGAUUGAAAUGCGAUGAUGGGCUGCAGGACAAGGAGGUUAGAACAAACCCAUUUGUCUCUUCUUAUUGAAAAGAUUUGAGGAAGACAAUGUUGUAUUAGGAAUUUUCAAAUUAUGGAUAUUUGUUUAAUUUGAAUUUUAUUGAAAUGGGUUCUGCUUAUUUUGGUAAA